CCGACGCUGCACUCUCUCGCCGCAGCCCAUGUCGCGAGCAUGGCGGUGGAAUCGACCGACGACGAGUCGCUUGCAGCUGCCUGCGACGAGUCUCGCCCCGAAAAGGUCGCCAGGAACGCCAAGGACAACGCACCGCAGGCCUCGGACGACGACGAGGACGACGACGAGGCCGACGAGGAGCCCAAGCUCAAGUACAGUCGCCUGACGACCAACCUGGGGCCCGUCUAUCGGAAUGGCGACGCGACGAGCGCCUUCCUGGUCGCGGGGGACAAAAUGAUCGUGGGCACGCACAAUGGCAAUAUACACGCCCUCAACAUCCCGUCGUUCCAACCGCUCCGCACCUACAACGCCCACCCAGCCGCCUCGGUGACCUCGCUCUCCGUCUCGCCACUGCUGCCCUCGCAGCCCUUCUUCCAGACGCCCACGCCGCCGAAAUCCGCGGAUCGCCUGGACACGACAGCUCGGCAGAAUGCUUCGCCAGCUGGCCGUGGCACACCUCCACGCGCGCAGCGCCAGGCUCAGGUGCCUCCGACUCCCGCCAACCAGAUAUACAUCGCUUCCUCCUCCAUAGACGGGCAUGUUUGCGUGUCUUCGUUGAUUGACCCGAAAGAUGUCACAUUGCGAAACUUCGGGCGCCCUGUCCAGGCCGUGGCUCUUUCGCCCGACUACAAGGCAGACCGCUCCUAUCUUUCAGGAGGAUUGGCUGGAGAGCUUAUUCUCACCACGGGAGGCCAGCUGGGAGUCCGGUCCAACGCGAAUACCAGCUCGGCGUCUCAAACGGCUCAAGGGUGGCUUGGAGCAAUCGGGUUGGGGGGUCAUGGAGGCAAAGACACCGUCUUGCACUCUGGGGAAGGCGCCAUCAGUGCCAUCAAGUGGUCGUUAUCUGGCAAAUACGUGGCGUGGUCCAACGAACAUGGCAUUCGGAUCAUGCGUACCAACCUAUACCUGGACGGCGCAGACUCCGACUCCGCCUGGAAGAGGAUCGGUUUUAUCGACAAGCCAAAUCGCCGAAUCUGGCAAGACAUGGCUGGCGUUUGGAAGGCACGGAUGGAGUGGGUUGACGAUCAAUCACUCGAGUCUGACGACGAUGCGAUCAUGAGCAUGAAUGGGAGACACAGCGCAGGCAAGUCUGAAUCUACGCUCCCCCACCAUCGGGUGCACGAACCUGUAAAAGCGACCAAAACGAAGAAGACUGAAAAGCUGGUCAUCGGAUGGGGGGAUGCUGCCUGGAUUGUUCAUGUUCAACCUGGUGGGGCCGGUGUUGGCAGAGAUGUUGGCGAGAGGUCGGUCGGGAGCGCCGAGAUUAUUCAUUUCCUUCGUUUCGACGAUUGUGUUGUUUCUGGCAUAUCGCUUUAUACCCCUUCCUUACUUCUUGUUCUUGCAUAUCGGACGCAUGACGACGACAACAACCCCGUUGCCUCGGCUGAGACAACCCCACGGCGUGGCAUGAACCGAAGAGCAAACGGUCUCUCUCCCGAGCUCAAACUCAUCGAUGCAGCAACCUCGGACGAGAUUGAAGUAGACUCUCUGACUGUCAGUCGCUACGAGACGCUUUCUGCUGCUGAUUACCACUUGGGUACACUGUAUGUGCCGCACCCCAAGACAAUGACUCUUGCUCAGAAAAGUGCGCUGGAAGCUAUUGGCGGUGGCAUCUGGGACGUUGGCGCUGGUGCAGCCCGAGUCUUCAGCUCCGGAGCCAGCGUGUUCAACAUGCCAUUUAGUUCAGAGCCUAGGCCGCUCUCAAGAGCACCUUCAAUGUCUUCAGCAAGCGCCGGGGGAAACUCUGGAUCAUCAGCACCGGCGAAGCGACAACCACAGAUCCAUCAGAAUGCCGCCACGGCUGGCCUCAAGGUGUUCAUCCACAGCCCGUACGACUGCGUUUUGGCUAUCAAGCGAGAACUCUCGGAUCACUUCAACUGGGAGUUGGAACACGAAAACUACAAGGACGCAUGGGAACUUCUGGAGGACCAUCCAGAAAUCAUCACAUCCCCUUCACAGUUACCUUCGGAAUCGUCCCCGAUUGACAGCCCCUUGAAGAAGAAAGGAAGCUUGCAGGACUUCUUCGCCGACGAGAGCGACUCUCAGACAACCCUCUCUGCGACACGGACGAAUCUGAACUCGGCCGUCGAGAAAGAGAAGCGACGCAUCGGUGAUUUGUGGGUGCAGCAGCUCGUCAGCUCUGAUGACUGGAAACAGGCGGGUAAAAUCGCCGGUCGCGUUCUUGGUACUUCUUCACGAUGGGAGCACUGGGUGUGGAAGUUUGCGCAGACAAAUCACUUCAAUGAGAUAUCUCCGUACGUUCCCGCGAAACCGAUGCAGCCGCCACUUCCAUCGAUGGUCUAUGAGGUUGUGCUGGGCCACUACAUCAUCAAUGAUCGAAUACGCUUCAAGCACCUACUCGAGGAUUGGGAUCCAGAACUUUACGACAUUAAUAGCGUCAUAGAGGCUAUCAAGAGCAAACUAUCCGCUGGCGACGUGACGGAAGAGUCGAUCGAGAAGAAUGUGCAAGGCCGGGACUGGCGAAUCCUACAGGACGGUCUUGCGAAAUUGUUCCUCGCGAGCGGCCGACAAAGAGAAGCACUUCGAUGUUAUAUUCGUCUGCAGAACGCAGAUGCGGCGAUGAGUCUCAUACGCGACUUCCAUCUUGUGGAGGCGGUCAGAGACGAUAUCCCUGGGUUCAUUCUGAUGCGCGUCUCGAAAGAACAGAUGGAAUCCGCGCCUUUGUCAGAACUGGAAGAGACGUCAACAGAAGCUAUCGGCGUUCUUGUUGAAGAGGGCUGCAGAGGCACAAUUCCAACAGAAGACGUCGUGAAUCAAUUACAAAAACGCGGACCGACAUUCCAACCGUUCCUGUUCUUCUACCUUCGACGUCUGUGGAAGCCGGAGAUGCACGAACGUACUGGCAAGACAGCCAAGGAGCGUGUAGCUGAAGACCGUCUUGCUGCCGAUGGGAAAAUUGUGGCGGAAGCAUUUGCAGACCUCAUGGUUGAGCUGUUUGCCGAGUACGACCGUCCACUGCUAAUGGAGUACCUGCGGAAGUCGCAGAGUUUCGAUCUGAACAAGGCUACCGCUAUUUGCGAGAGGAGGGAGUACAUUCCAGAGCUUGUACAUAUUCUCUCAAAGACGGGCCAGACAAAACGCGCUCUGUACUUGAUCAUCGAAAAACUAUCCGACGUCAGCUUCGCUAUCUCUUUCGCCAAAGAACAAGACGAUCCAGACCUAUGGAACGAUCUGCUCGAAUAUUCCAUGGACAAGCCACACUUCAUCCGCGGCUUGCUGGAGGAGGUCGGCACAGCAAUCGACCCCAUCAAACUCGUCCGUCGCAUUCCCGAAGGUCUCGAAAUUGAGGGUCUUCGAGAUGGUAUCGGUCGCAUGGUCCGCGAAUACGAGAUCCAACAUUCCAUCUCCGAGGGUGUCGCCAGGGUCCUCCGAGGUGAAGUGGCAGCAGGCAUGGACACGCUCCGGGCCGGACAGAAGCGUGGUGUCAAAUUCGAGGUCGAAGCUUGUGACGAUGAGCUGGAGGCGCACAAGGGUCAUACACAUACGGGUCCUGGCAAGAGAAUCGAUAUCGAGCCUAAGGGUGUAGAUCCGAAGACUGCUGCAAAGGUACAAAACGACAACGACACCACGGCCGCACUAUCGACAAACAACGCCCCAGUCCCCGAUCCUCCUGCGCCAGAAGCUCCAGAAGCGGAGGCGCCGCCGGGUCAUUGCACGGGUUGUCGUCGUCCGUUCAUGUUGCCCACCGCGGAGGAGGAAGAUAUCAUCGAUGGUCCACUGCCGCCGUCCCGCGAUACACUUGUCGGGUUUGCAUGUGGGCACGUGUUCCAUCUUUCAUGUCUACUGCCCAAGACGAGCGCUAGUGCUAGUGUUGCUACGACGUUACAGCAACAGCUCGCGAAUGAUGCGAUGGAUAGUGGAGGAAGAUGGAGCAGGAGCGUGGGUGCCAAGGUGGCGCAUGCACAUGUAAUCAAGAGCGCAGUUGGACGGGGUUGUGUGGUUUGCAGGGAGAGGGACGAGAUGCUGGGGGAGGACUAGGGUUCUUCGUUGUGGUGUGGAGCAGGUCACCCUUGGGCUGUGGAGAAUGAGGUGUAUAUACGUGGAGCGGACAUGUUUGGCUAAUUAAACUUGAGCGGGCCUGUGAAGUUGUUUUACGGUGAGAAUUGUGCUUGCAUAUUUUAGCAUCAUAGUGAGGCGGGGUGGAGUUUUAGUUGCAUUGGAUUAUCGAGGACUGCCGCAC